AUGCCUUUCUGGACGUGUGAUUUCGAGAGCUGCCGUAGAUCGGCUGUCCGAACUCUCGGUGACUGUGUCCUCUGCGACAGACAUCUAUGCUCCAAGCAUCUUCAACCUCAGUUUCAUAGCUGUCCCCGGUGGGAGGACGCCGACUCUUACGACCCUGCAGCCCAAGAUGCUGAAAAACGCGAGCUCACCAACCUGAUUGAUACGAUUGAUACCCACGUUCUUGAGGCACGAGCCAGCCACUUACGCCAAGGUAUUCCCUGCUCUGUCCCUCUGCUUCAGUAUGACAGAGCCACACGAAGCUCUGUAAUGGUAGGCAUGAACUAUCACAUUGAAGUUCGUUUUGACGAUGGAAUCACGUGGACAGCCCGUAUCCGCAGGUUCAAUGCUACAUCUCCUCCAAAAGCAUUGCGAGAUUAUAUCCUUCGGAGUGAGGUUGCAACCCUCACGUUUCUUGAAAAGACUGGGGUCCCAGUUCCACAGGUUCAUGAUUAUGCGCUUGAGCAUUCCGACAACCCUGUCCGAGUUGGGUUCAUCUUGAUGGACAAGUUGCCCGGCAAAUCUUUGAGAUGGUCCACUGCAACUCAGCAGCAAAGGGAAAAGGUUAUGGAUCAGCUGGCCGAUACGUUUUUGGAGCUACAAAAAUACCCUUUCGAUCUUCUCGGCUCUCUUGAUAUCCCCGGAGAGUCACAUAUUGGCGCGUUUGCUCGAGAAUCUCUCACUGAUUUUCAACAAUAUGAAAUGCGUGCCACCGGGCCUUUUUCUUCUUUGAAAGAGUAUCACGUAUCCUCAAUUCAACUCAUUUUGGAUUUGAUUGUUCGGGACGAGAUGUACUCGCAACGAGCAGUAGACGCCUACAUCAUCCACCGAUAUCUCCUUGACCUGGUGCCGCAUGUGUUACCCGCAGUACACGAUGACAAAAAAUUCUAUCUAAAGCACGCAGACGAUAAGGGAGAUCAUAUUCUGGUGGAUGAGGAUUUUAAUAUCACUGGAAUUAUUGAUUGGGAGUGGGCUCACACUGCGUCACCUGCACAUGCCUUCAACUCUCCCAUUGGCAUUUUACCAGUUGCGGAUUUUUACCGUGGUAGAAAUGACCUGGGCGAUGACGAGGUUGUUUUUGCAUGCCUGCUUGAGAAAAAGGGUCAUGGAAAUCUGGCUCGUUAUGUUCGAGAUGGUCGGCUACAGCAUCGGUUUGCUUUCUGCUGCGGAUACGAUCUUGAGGACUGGGACGGAUUCCUAGGUCUUUUCCGGGGACUUCGAGAUGCGACAGGGGUGGAUGAAGGCUUGGAAUGGGAUGAGUGGAAAAUUGUUGCAUUGAAACGCUACAAAGAUGAUCCUGGACUCCAGGGUUUGCUGAAUGGGCAUCGUGACUCAUCAAUAAUUUGA